AUGGAUUCAUAUAUCGAGUUCGUAGCUGAGAAAAAACUUCCGGCCGUGUUUCCAAAACCAUUGCAGUCGUUUGAUAGGAAACCAAUCGUAAAUGAUUUGGGGCUAACGCAGACUGAAAUUAAAUCACUACAAAAUGCUUGGAAUAUUAUAAAGAAGAAGCAACGGCAAGCUGGCGUCACCAUAUAUAUAAAUCUCUUCUCCGAGAAUGAACAACUCUACGAAAUGUAUCGUACUCGUAAUGGCAAAUUGCAUACCGAAUUUGCGGCACAGCAUCAAAAAAUAGUGUUGGAUGUAUUUCAAAUGAUCGUUGAGCAGUUGGAAAAUACACGUUUUAUUAAGACACUUCUUAAAGAAGUAUCGGCUAAACAUCUAUCUGUACAUGUGACGCACUACCAUUGGCAGCUUUAUACAAACGAAGUCAAACGAUAUUUUGUGGAGACAUUGAGUGGUCACAGUUCGCCAACUUUUGUUCGUGCAUUGGAUACUCUUAUGGAUAGUGUCUGCAAAUUUAAUGUAACAGAAUAAUCGAUGAAAAAUAUAAUUAUAAA